AUAAUAGAAAUCAUACUUCAACUUAAUUAUAUCUAUCAUUGCAUAAUGCGAGAAUCUGACAAAAACCAUAACAAAAAAAAUAAUAGAAAUCAUACCUCAACUUAAUUAUAGCAAAGCAUCAUAGCCCCAGUAGCAGUAGUUUGAGGCAGUUAGAUCGAAACAAGCUUAUCAGGCUUUAGAGAAAUGGAUUCAACAGAGCCGCGGUGCGUACAUGCACGCGCCAUCACAACAGGCGCCGCAAAAGCUAACCGUGCAGUCCUAAACAACCUCAUCACUCUCUACUCGAAAUCCAAUCUCCGGUCAGACGCCGCCCGUGUUUUCCGGUCAAUCCCAUCACCCAAUGUCGUUUCAUGGACAGCGCUCACAUCUGCAUUCUCCAACUCCCCGCUCUCCUUUCAUCUUUUCAUUUCCAUGCUCCGUCACCCUUCAAGAAUCCUUCCCAAUAGCCAUACUUUAACGUCCCUUCUCAAAACAUGCACCACUCUUCCUUCACUCACCUUCGGGACGCAACUCCAUUCUGUUGCUGUCAAAUUGGGUUUUUCUUCAGAGUUGUUUACGGCGUCAGCUCUUGUGUCGCUGUAUUUUAAAACUGGGCUGUCGAAUAAUGCGAAGAAGGUGUUCGAUGAAAUGUCUGUCAGAGAUGAGGUUUGUUUCUCGUCGGUUAUUGUUGGGUUUGCUCAGAAUUCUAAACCUAUUGAUGCUUUGUCGUGUUUUGUUGAAAUGAGGAGGAGUGGUAUGGUAUCUACUACGGUUAGUGUUUCUGGGGCUCUGCGCGCUGGUUCUGACAUGGCUAUGCUUGAACAAUGUAGGAUUAUUCAUGGGCACGCGAUGGUAACGGGGCUUAAUUUGAAUGUCAUUGUAGGCAGUGCAUUGAUUGAUGGGUAUGGGAAAUGUGGCCUUGUGGGGAACGCUCGUGGAGUGUUUGAUGAGCUAGAAAUGGAACUCAAUAUUGUUGGGUGGAAUGCGAUGAUGGCAGCGCAUGCUCAACAAGGGGAACAUGGCAAUGUCAUAGAGCUUUUCACUUUAAUGGAAGAACAGGGAAUGGCACCGGAUGAGUACAGUUUCUUAGCUACUUUGACGGCAUUUUACAAUGCCGGUUUAGUUGAAGAGACUGAGAUAUGGUUCAGGAGGAUUACUGAAGAGUAUAGUUUGGAGCCGUGUCUUGAGCACUAUACGUGUUUGGUGGGUGCACUGGGAAAAGCAGGACGUCUGGAGGAGGCAGAGCAAAUUGCUUUAACCAUGCCUUUUAAACCGGAUGCAGCUUUAUGGCGAGUAUUAUUGUCCAAAUGUGCAUAUCACGUGAAUAUGGAUAUUGCGUGGAGGAUGAGUGAUAGGUUGUUGAAGAUUAACCCAAUGGAUGAUUCAGCUUAUGUGAUUUUGGCUAAUGCUUAUGCGAGUGCAGGGAGGUGGGAUAAGGUGAGGGAGGUGUGGAAGAGAAUGAAGGAUAAGAAAGUGAGGAAGGAAGGUGGGAAGAGUUGGAUUGAAGCGCAGGGAGAGGUUCAUGUAUUUUUAGCCGGUGAUAGGAGGCACGAGAGGACCGAUGAGAUUUAUGCUAAGUUAGCAGAGUUAAUGGAGGAGAUUGAGAAACUGGGUUACGUGCCCGUAUGGGCUGAAAUGUUGCAUGAAGUAGAAGAGAAGGAGAAGAAGAGAGCACUUUGGUACCACAGUGAGAAGCUGGCGUUGGCAUUUGGGUUGUUGAAUGGGACAGCACCACCCGGUAAAGCUUUGCGGAUUGUGAAGAAUUUGAGAAUUUGCAGGGAUUGUCAUGAGGCAUUUAAGUAUAUUAGUAGACUUACUGAGAGAGAGAUUAUAGUGCGGGAUGUUAACAGAUACCAUAGGUUCUUGAAUGGAAGUUGCAAUUGCGGAGAUCAAUGGUAAGUUAUUGAGAAGAAAUCUGAGUAAGGAUUGAAGAAGACCUCAAACUGACAUCUUCUUGGCUUUCUCUUGCACAAGAUCUUUGCCUUCUGUUAUUGAUUUGUUAACCGACAAACCCGUUUAUUGAAAACCUUAAAGAGUCUGGUAGCACUUAACCCCUCGGUUGAACUGAAGUUGCCGUCUCUAAUAAUUUGAGGUGUAUCCUUGCUACAAUGUUUUCAACUUCCAAAAUGCUGGUAUUGACUUGCAUAAUGUAUGCCGUCUUGCUCUGCAGACUGCAUUCACCUAAUGAUGGUACAAGAUCAAAUCUUGUUGCUGAUGUAUUAAUCAAGGUGUUUGCUGUAAAUACACUACUACAUGCUAUUGACAUUGUUGAGCAGGCCGAAGAAAUUGGACUUGAACAGAGUAUUUAUUCAUGUAAUAUCUUACUAAAAUGCUUGGCGGAGACCAGCCAGAGAGAGAAUGAUGCAACUCUUUUGAAGCAAUGAAGAACUUUGGACCAUCACCUAAUGUAAGGAUAUUCACAAUCAUGAUGUACUUUUACUGCAGAAAUCAUUCAGGGUAAGUGGGUAACAGGAGGUGGAUACAAAAGCAGCCUACGAGAGUGAACAGAUAUCUCCAAAAGUUCUAGAGGAGAUUGAACAUGAAAGAGAGAUGCUCUGGUUAGCUGACAUAUUGCACGGGGACAUGAAACACAUGAAGCUCUGAGAGGCCAAGAAUCAGUUUGAGGAGAAAAAUUCCGCUAUUGAUAAGCUAAGGAAACAACUUGAAGCAUUCAUGGGAAAGAAAAAGGCCAAAGGUAGGCGAAAUGGUUCUCUAGAUUUCAGAAAUAGCAACAUCCUUGAGUAAAACUCUAUUAGUCGCCCAGUAAAGAGGAAAGAAGAUGAUGGAGGAGAAGUGAGAAUGUGGCAAACUGUGGGAAGGACUCAGCAGAAAUUGAUCUUCAUUCAAUUGAAUUGAACAUGGAUAAUCCAAUCAUAGCUACAAUUGAGCUUAUCCAUCUGUUGUCAUUCGUGAGUCGAAAAUAAAUCUCAGUUGAUGAAAGAAGAAUGAGAAACUCCAAUAUCUUAGAAGAAGCACUUCCAUUCAGAGGAGCAUUUCUAAUGCAGUUAAAAGUAUUUCAAUCAAGUUGAUAAUCUUCCAACCUCAGGAAGAUGUAUUAGACAACGAAAGACUUCAAGAACUCGAGAAACUAGGCCAGAGAAUCUAGCAGAGGCAACAGUCCAAGCCUUGAUGGAUAGAGUUACCCGAUAACUGUGCUGGGUGGGAGAUAGUUGUUACCUCGUGGAAGUAGUCAAAGUGCGCACAAACACAAUUAAGAGCCCGUUUGGAUGGGCUUAAAAAAAGUAACUUUUAUGUAUGAAGUGCUUUUAGAAUUUUGAAGUGCUGAAAGUUAUUUUUAUAAAUAAGCAGUUGAGUGUUUGGAUAAA